AUGCCAUCCGUUAAGCAUUAUUCGUCGAGUGAAGUGAAUCAGUAUGAAUUAUCAUCAAGAUUAUUAUCGUUAACAGAAAAUAACAAAUCUUAUACACUUACCCAAAUAAAUGGUCAAAGAAUUUACAGAAAAGCACCCCAUGCUUGGAGCGGUCCUGAACCUUCAAGGAACUGCGAGGUUUUUAUCGGACGUAUCCCUCAUGAUUGUUUUGAAGACACUCUUGUUCCGUUAUUCCGGCAAGCAGGCGAACUGUUUGAAUUUCGCCUUAUGAUCAACUUCUCCGGGUGGAAUAGAGGGUAUGCAUUCGCGAUGUAUACUACGGAGGUGGAAGCGGCAAAUGCUAUACGCAUGUUCAACAAUUAUAUGAUCAGGCCCUCUUGGCAAUUAGGUGUAUGUCCAUCAAUAAACAACUGUCGUAUAUUCAUUUCGCGCAUUCCGCCGACGACGCCGACGGCGGAGAUCGUGCGGCUGCUGUACGCGCUGACGGACGAGGUGCAGGAGGUGCGCGUGCGGCGCGGCGCGGGCUCGUGCGCCGCCAUCGUGGAAUACCGCUCGCACCGCGGCGCGGCCAUGGCGCGCAAGGCGCUGGUCGCGGCCGCGGCGGCGGCCUGGGGCUGCGGCGCGCGCCCCGCCGUCGACUGGUCGUUGCCGCAGUCGCCGCAGCUGCUUCGCCAGUACAGGGAGAUCGGCCGCUGGAGUCCCGAGCGCGGCGUGGAGCUGUCGCGCGUGGAAGAGGAGGACGGCUCGGCGGCGACGGGUGCGGGCGGGGGCGGCGCGGGGGGCGCGGCCGGCUCGUACUCGCUGGAGCGCUGGUCGGCGGCGCGCCGCCUGCGCAUGAUCCGCGAGGCGCAGCGCGCCGCGCGUUCUCGCAGCUGGUCGAGCCAGCUGCACAGCAUGGAGUCGCUGAUGUCGUCGAUGUCAACGCUGGGAGUGUCGGAGGCGAGCGUAUGGUCGGCGCCCGCCGCGCCGCCGCCGCGCGACUUUAACCCCUGGACCACGCGCCACCCGCUCGGCGAGUUCAUGUCGCCCGCCCGCGACCCGCAGUGA